AUGGAUCAUCUUGUGCUUGAACCCGUGCGCAAGAUGGCUGAGCCCGCCUGGCAGGAAGUCUUGCGACUUCGACUAACGGAACGCAAUGUCCGCGAAUCCUCGUUUUCGCCGAUUAUCGAGCAAUACCGCAAGUUGGCACAGCAGGCCAAGCUUUUGAAGGAGCGGAAUGCGUCCUUACUGCGCGCGGUGGGCUCAGUCAAGUCUUUACCAAGUACGCCGGGUACCUCCACAGGUUUAUCGACUACUGCUGAGGAAAAUCCGGUCCUCGCUGCGUACAUGGCUUCCUUAGAAUCCCAAAUAUCUUCUUUGGGUGACGAGCUGGCAGCUCUUUAUAAAACUCAAGGCCAAAAUGCUCAGCGUCUCUUGGCAAUGAACGAAACGCUUCGGGAGAAAGAAGAGCUCUCGCGCGUGGAUUCGGAAAAUCUGAGGAAAACGAGAGACGAGGUCGUUGUCCUCCGACGCAAGAUUGAGCAGCAUAGCGAGUUCAUGGCUGAGAAGGAUCGAACGGUCCAGAUCUUGCACGAUGAGAUCAGUACGCUGCAGCUCGAGCUCGGGCAGAUCGAAGAACGGAACACCAUUCUACAGAAGGAUAACGCGAAACUUCUCCAACGUUGGUUGGAUGCGAAGCAAGUAGAGGCGAACGCCAUGAACGAGUCCAAUGACCAGGCGUACGAAAAUAUGCGUUCGCGACAUUCAGUCCUAACUUGGCGCGGUAAUUCUGGAGAUCCCACGAAUGGGCUCGACUCUGUCUCACAAUCGUCACUGUCGGGAAACGAGGAUGCCGGGGAGGGGGAGAUCCUGACGGAGACGAAGAAUGGGACCAUAUCUCCAGCGGAGAAGGCCGUGGAUCUGACGCCGAAUGGUUGA